GACUCUGCACAGUCUCUCUCUCUCUCUCCCAUAACAAAUUAAGCAACAGAUACAAAAGAGAUUCGGAAAGUUGUCUAAAGCCUCUUCCCUUUUUCUCUGUUUUUUUUAUACCCGAUACUGAUCAGUGAUCCGCACACUUCUAGCCAGCUUCCAAGAUGGCAAAUUCUUCAGGUCAUUUAACUAAAAGUAUGAAGAGACUAGAAUCCAGAAAGACACAUUCAUGGUGGUGGGAUAGCCACAUCAGCCCCAAGAAUUCAAGGUGGCUAGCAGAAAAUGUUGUGGAAAUGGAUCGCAGCGUCAGACAGACGCUGAAGCUGAUUGAAGAUGAUGGAGAUUCAUUUGCAAAAAAGGCUGAGAUUUAUUAUCAAAGGAGGCCAGAACUUGUGUCUCACGUUGAGGAGUUCUACCGCAUGUAUCGAUCUUUGGCAGAGCGUUAUGACCACUUGACAGGAGAAUUGAGGAGGAAUAUUCCAUCUGACCUCCAGUCUCAGGGUUCCGACUUUUCUGAUAUUACUUCUGAUCUACCCUCGAAUUGGCCAGCUUCAGACCAAAGGCUUAGUCGCCGUAAAUCUGGCCCACGAGCUGCUGGUUUUACUGUCUUCCUUGGUUCUGGUGGGAGUGAUGUGUACCAGAAAGAGGACGACGAGUUAUCUACUCGAACAGAUUCUGAAACAGAAUCUGAUGCUUCCUCAGUCAAUAAUUACUCAGUUUUUUCAGGGAAUGGGAGUGAUCAAGGGUUGAACAGGAAAAUGGUCGAGUUGGAGAUUGAGCUCCAUGAAGUGAAACAGAAGCUACGGAUGCUAGAGGAAGAAAAUACAGAUGGUUCGGUGAGGGGGGCAAAAAAUAAUAAUUCUGAACUUCUUGCUAGAAUUAGGGAGUAUGAGGAAAAACUUGAAAUUGCUAACAGAAAAAUACAGCUCACUGAAGAAAAAGUCACCUGGUUGAGGAUCGAGCUCCAAAAAUAUAAACCGCUAGAGGCAGCCGACUCGGACUCAUCUGAAGAAGGAAGUGUCAAGAUGCACAAGACAGAGCAGAUUGAGGUAAAUCAGGCAUUAAUGGAUCUUGAAAGUAAGAAUGGUAUAUCUGAGAAAGAUAAUAGACAUGCAGAUGGCAAGAUGCAAGCACUGGUGGAAGAAUUAAGCAUCACUAAAGAGAUUCUCCAGGGUUCUGAGAAAGAAAUUGCUAGUUUGAAGCUGGAGAAGAAUCAAUCUUAUGAAAAAAUUCAAAGGUUGCAGGGUAUGCUUGACACGGCUCAAAGGGAGAUAGUCACAUGGAAAUCCAAACUGAAUACAGAGAAAAGAGAGGUCUCCAAGCUGCAGGAUAGAAUUGCAAUGUUAAAGAAUAGUUUAUCAGACAGGGAUCAUGAGAUCCGGGAUUUGAAGAUAGCUGUAUCUGAUGCUGAGCAGAAGAUUUUCCCCGAAAAGGCUCAUAUCAAAGCUGAAAUAUCAAAAUUGUUGGAGGGACGAAUUUGUUUGGAAGAACAGCUCAGAGAAUGGGAAGCACGUGGCCGGUCCUUGGAGGAGGACAUCAGAAAAGCUGUGAAUGAUAAAAGAGAAUCAGAGGAGAGGCUUCGUGGGGAAAUUGAGCAUUUAAGACUGGAGAUUGCUGAGAGAAGCGAUUGCAUUAAAGUUUUGAAUGAAAACCUCGAGACAUUAAAAGCAGAGAGGGAUAUGCUUGAGAAUAGUAUUGUAUCACUGAGAGCAGAGAUUAGUUCUAGGGAUAAUCAGAUUGUUGAAAUGGACGAACAUCUCCAAGAAUUAAAUGUGGAACAUGUGGAGCUAAUUGCUAGUGCUGAAGGGGCAAAUAAAUUGGUGGAGGAACUGGAAUCAAAAGCCAAGGAAGUAGAGGAUGUGAUUGAGAGGCAAAGAAUCACAAUACUGGAGGGAGCAGAAGAGAAAAGAGAAGUUAUAAGGCAGCUUUGCUUCUCCCUUGAGCAUUACCAGGAUAGGUAUCAUUGGCUUCGGCAAGCAUUUAUGGGGCAAAAGAGAGUUCCAGUUUUGACAACAUAAAUAAGCAAUGCUACAGAGAACCAUUUCAUUUUACUUGGUUGCUCAAUUUUUUUGUUUUGAGUGAAGUAUCUACAUUAUUGCACAAGUCCCUGAAGGUGUCUUUGUCAUCUCCUGCGUGUUUAAUGAUAGAACA